AAAAUAAAUAUACAGAAGAGCCAUAUAUAAUAAGGAAAGAGAGAGAUACGGUUCGAACAAAAACGGCAAAAAAAGAGAUUUGGCGAUACCUUAUAAACUCUUUAGCGUGAAGGAAGGAAGGAAGGAUCGAGUAGAUCUUGUUUUUGAUUCUCGAUGGCGGCGACUGAGCAUCCUUCUUUUGAGCUCGCCAAAGGUAUCAAUGGCCUCGACAAAAUCGUCCUCCGCCAGUCUCGUUACCGCUCCGCCGAGGUAUACUUGUAUGGUGGUCAUGUGACUUCUUGGAAGAAUGAGAACGGUGAAGAGUUGCUUUACCUCAGCAGCAAGGCUAUAUUCAAGCCUCCAAAACCAAUCCGUGGAGGGAUUCCGCUAUGCUUCCCACAAUUCAGUAACCUUGGUACACUCGAAUCACAUGGAUUCGCUAGAAACAGGAUCUGGGAAGUUGAUGCUAGCCCACCUCCUUUGCCAACGUAUUCUUCUCCUAAUGCUUUCGUUGACCUGAUCCUGAGGCCAACUGAAGACGAUCUGAAGACAUGGCCUCACAAUUUUGAGUUCCGGAUGAGGGUGGACUUGGGAUCUGAAGGAGAAUUGACACUGACAUCUCGUAUCAGGAACACCAACGCUGAUGGAAAGCCGUUUACAUUCACAUUUGCUUAUCACACCUAUUUCUCUGUCUCUGACAUCAGUGAAGUACGGGUUGAAGGAUUGGAGACUCUGGAUUAUCUAGACAACUUAAAGAACAGAGAACGUUUUACCGAGCAAGGAGAUGCUAUUACUUUUGAAUCUGAAAUUGACAAGAUAUACCUAAGCACUCCUACAAAGAUUGCUAUUUUGGACCAUGAGAAAAAGAGGACUUUCGUUGUUCGCAAGGACGGGCUUGCCGAUGCAGUGGUGUGGAAUCCAUGGGAUAAGAAGUCGAAGUCGAUAUCGGACUUGGGAGAUGAAGACUAUAAGCAUAUGCUAUGUGUUGAAGCUGCAGCUGUGGAAAGACCCAUCACAUUAAAACCGGGUGAAGAAUGGAAAGGAAGACUCGAGCUCUCUGCGGUUCCUUCUAGUUACUCCAGUGGACAGCUUGACCCCAAGAAAGUCCUCCAAUGAACCUUUCAAACUUCAAAAAAAUAUCACCCUUUCUCCUCUCUUUUUCUUUUUUGAUUUCAGGUAGCUUUCAAAAUAUAUACUUUUUUCCCUUUUAGAUCUCUUUCAUGAACACGUGUGCGUGUUUCAAACUUAAAAACAUACAAAAUCUUUUCGUUUAUAUUGGCAAACAUGAUAGGGGUAUCUUUCCUUUGAUUUAGAUAUUCUGUCAUUUUGUCAAGAGAAAUAUUUUGAUUUUGUGGUAUCUGUUUAUUUUAAAUGAUAAAAAACAAAAAAUACA